AUGAGGAGUAUCGGCGAGCCAUGGUUAACAACUCCACCUUUGGUGCUUAGUCUCUUGAGUCUUAAGCUUGAGUCUCUGUCAGAAGAUGUAAUUAGCUCUCUUCAGGAUGAUAUACUUACACAUAUCUUGUCUUUCCUCCCAACGAAACAAGCUCUUUUCACAUCAAUUCUCUCCAAAAGAUGGAGGAAUCUUUUCACAAUGAUGAUGCAUCUCCGAUUCGACGAUUUGAUGCUUAAAUGCUUUAAUCACUGGGGUAGCAACGGUGGGUUUCCUUUUUUUAGAAACCUCGUUAAACUAUCUUUCGAGUGUAAAACCAAAAUGGGUUGGAAAGUUCUUUGGAGCCUGAUCAAUAACUCUCCAAAGCUAGAAACUUUGAUUCUCAAGGUACAUAUGAUCUCUCUGUUCAAUUAUUCUCAAGGUACAUAUGAUGAAAGUAGACGUUUGUUCUUCUAAAGAAGUUAAUUUAAAACAGUAUGGGUGAGAACCUCUAAAUAUUCAAAAAUAUAAUACAUAAAUAGAUGAUAGAAAAUUAAAUUAACCACAAAAUAUUUAAUGUAGUUUACCAAUUCGGCUACACAUGCACAAGCAGAAAUAAAAUUUUAUUGUGCAUUCCGUUGUACGUUAUAAGGUGAAUUUUGUAUUUGAAUGCGCCAGUCGUGGAUAAGAGAAGAGAAGAAUCAUUCUUUGGAACAUAAAUUGUCCUGAUUUGAUUGAAAAUUCAAUUUGAGUAUCUCUCAACCGCCAAUAAUACCACUUAUUAAUAAAUCACUUUUAGUCUUUUAUUUUCAUCAAAGAAGCUUCAUGCAUCUCUUCUGCUCUUUCUAUUCAAUUUCCUUUUCUAUUUGUUGAUUGUAGCUAGGUUACAGUUUGUAACGUGACUUUGGUUUUUUUUCUUAACACGAAAACCCUAAUUUAUGAUGCACUAAAGGAAACCCUAAUUUUUGUUUCACUUAAAAAAAGAAAACCUAGUUUAUGUUUCUCAUUAUUACUUUCCACGAAAAAAGGAAUCUAUUAUAUAUAUUACUAGGUGAUUCUAAAGUUAAAAUAUUAUAAUUAAUUGAUAUUUAAAAUUAAUUUUAAAUCAAUUUAUAAUUUAUAUGUAUAAUUUAUAUUAAUAAUAUUAUAUUAUUUUAAUUAGACAUAUGAUUUGGAUAUGUUAUAUCUAGUCGGUUUGAUUGUUUUUGGGUCAACAAUCGAUUUAUUUAUUACUUGGGAAUAUUAGAUUGCAUUUAUUUCUCCGAAUUCAAUUAUAAUAUUUUAUUCUAGAUAUAGUUAAUUUUGAUUAAAUUCUUAUUUGUAUUUAGAUUGAUUAUUUUCUUAGAUAUGCAAAUAAAUUUUAGUAAGAUUAUGUAUAUAUAUAUAUAUUGUGCUUAGAAUUAAAUAAAAAUAAACUAAAAUAUUUGAUUCAAAAUUACAUAAAUAAAUAUAACGAUAAUAUUCUGAAGUCUCAUGCAUAUAUAUAAAAUUAUAUUGUAACAAUGAUUUAAUAUUUUAUUUUUAUUUAUUAAUAGGGUUUGAUCUCAUCCUAUAAUUUAUAUGUAUAAAAAUAAAUAUAUUCUUAUUAUAAAAUUAUUUGUUACUGUAGUUAGAUCUUUGAUUUUGGAUAUAAGUUGGAUUAGUCGAGUAUAAUUAUUUUUUAUUCUAAUUAAGUCAAAUAAAAUUAGUUUUAUUUCUCGUUUAAAUGUGUAUGUAUUUUAAUAAUAUUUAUCAAAAUUAUAUGUAGAUUUUUUUAAAAAAUAUGAGGAAAUAAAGAGAUGAUCAACAGAAAAUUACACGCAUAAGUAUAACUGAUAAAGUUUUGUAAGAUCAUAAAUGAAUAUCAAUAUUUACAAUAAUUAUAUAUUUUAUAUAUUCUAAAUAAUUGUAUGUCUUAGAUCUAUUGAAAGGUAAACUGAAAAUUAUUUUAAAUAAUCUUAGAAAUGAGAAUUUAGAUUUGGUUGGGUAUUUUGAUUAUGUGUAUAUUAAGUUCCACAAACAUAAAGAAAACAUAAAAUUAAGAAGAAACUAAAUAUUAAGAAAUUUUUUUUAAUAAUGAUAAAAUAUAAUAUAUACAUCAUCAAAAGUAUAUGCUAUUUAAAAAGAUUCUGUAAUUAUUUGAUCAAAAUAUUCUUAUCAUAAACAAUUAUUUUUGGGUUCUAUUUUUAAUAUAUCUUAAAAUCAGCACUAAAAUUGUGAUUGUUUUUGUGAAAUCAGAUUAAUUAUACGUGUUUUUGCUGUAGUUGUAAGAUAUUAUAAACAGCUUAAAAUUAUUGAAAAAACAUUUCAAUAAUAAUAAUUAUAAACUAUUUUUAGUCAAUUAAACAUAUAUCGUUUAUGUUCUUUAAUUAGUUUAUGUAAUCACGUAAGAAAAUAGAUAGAUAUAAAUGAAAUAUUUAUAUUGCUUUGAAAAUAUAUUUAUUUUAUAUUGUAUUAAGUAUGUUUUAAAGGAAUAAUAUUUAUUUAUCAAAAUUAUUUUUGUGAACUUUUUUUAUGAAAUCACAUUAUAUAAAAUAUAUUUUUUUCAUCUAAGAAAUAAAUUAGAUAUAAAGAAAGUGUUU